AAGAUAACUAAAUUUCCUUUUUUGGGAGGGAACGAAACACCCUCCGUACUACUUAUACAGCUUGUAGCAAUUGAACACCAUGACCGUAAUCAUGAGCAUCUCCAACGACUAUAUAUCGCGCAAACCUGGAACAUUUCCUCUGCAUCCUUUCAAAGACAUGAAAGGAGAUAUAAUUCUUCGCUCAUCGGACUAUGUCGAGUUUCCCGCUUUCCAAUUUCUACUCUCGCUCUCGUCCUCGUUCUUCAACGCAAUGUUCGAUCUGCCUCAGCCAGCUGAUAGCGGAACCUACGAAACAAAGGACGGUCUUCCUGUCAUACAGAUGAGCGAGAAUAGCCAGGUUUUAGACCUUGUGCUGAGAUAUUGCUAUCCGACUGGUACGGUGGAUGUGCCACAAAUGGAGAACUUGAAACAGGUGACAAGCCUACUGGAAGCUGGGACCAAGUAUGGCAUGCAUGGCGUUGAAAAGGUGGCAACAAAAAUGCUCAUAGGCCCCCAUUUCCUCGAAAGCCAACCCGUCGCUGUAUUCGCUAUAGCGUACCACUACAAACUGGAGAAAGAAACUAGACUGGCAGCAAAACACACCUUGCGCCAGUUACAGCCGCCUGACGAAGAAGGACUGGAGCUGAUUACAGCGAGAACUUUUGUGGGGUUGAUGAAGUACAGCGCGAAGUGCAAGGAGGCAGUUCUUGGGAUACAGGAGAAUUUGGAUUGGCUGCUAGACGGAUUACUCUCGGGAUACCCAACGAUGCCGCGAUUAGGAAAGUGUACCUGCGAUUUCACCCAGCUGGGCUCCUUAAUCUGCCCACGCUGGCUAACGGAGUAUAUCUGCGACACGGCCGCCGUUCUGAAGGAAAGACCACGCGUGGAAACGCUGAAGGAAAAGGUGCCCACAGCCAUGCAGAAAGCCGCAUCUUGUACGGUCUGCCGAAUGGAAUCGUCUUAUAUCGUUCCAAAAUUGCUCAAUUUGAUGGAGAGAGAGCUUGAGAGAAUAAUUUCAGAGAUCGUACUGGAACUUCCAUUUUGAUUCCGAGUCUCUUCAACCUUCUGGUCGCGAUCCGUUCUUGAUGUCUUCUCUAUUCAGUUGUGCAUCUAUGUUAUAGGCGAUACGAUACUGCAGUUAAGUAGCACAUACUACACUUAAUUCUCCUAAUGUCAAUGGUAGAAUCAGCAGCCACAAGCAUGAUAUUCAUACUUAUUUCUAUUCUCU